AUGAGUAUAUCACAUACUAUACUUCUCUUGUACCCAGUGAAAGUGUUCCUGUUUUGUGCAGUACUGGGCUUCCUAACUGUGCAUUGCUUUAGUGGUGAAAGGGAACCUCUUCUUCAGCUAAAUGGAGUCAACAUGAGCCUAGGCAAAGGCAGAUGGGCCCGAUCAGUAAGCACCCCUCCGCAGCCGAUUGAUUGUGUGCUUUCCAGCUGGUCACCGUGGAGCACCUGUGAUCCCUGUCAAAAGAAAAGAUACAGAUUUGCCCGGGUGGAACGGCCUUCUCAGUUCAAUGGAGACCCGUGUGACUACUCUGACAAAGAAACAGAAGAUUGUGUUACAAACAGUCCUUGCAGAAAUAAAGUUAGAUGUGAAGGCUUUGUAUGUGCGAUUACAGGAAGAUGCAUUACACGGAGGUUGCUUUGCAAUGGAGAUGAUGACUGUGGGGAUCAGUCAGAUGAAAAAAACUGUAAAAAGGUGUAUAGAAAAUGCAACCAGAAGAUGGAGCAAUACUGGGGAAUAGAGAAUCUGGCAAGAGGGUUAAAUAUCCUCACAAACAAUCUGGAAGGUUUGGUUCUUGAUCACAGGUACUAUGCUGGGGGAUGUACUCCACAUUAUAUUAUGGAUACCAGAUUUAGAAAACCAUACAAUGUAGAAAGCUACUCCCCAGAGACCAAAGGCAAAUAUGAAUUUACAUUGACUGAAUACGAAUCUUAUUCAAGUUUUGAAGAAAAUAUCCUUAGGGCAAGAGCUUCGCAGACUAGCUAUGGCUUUGGAAUAAAGAUACCAGGAGUGUUUGAACUUGGUUACAGUUUAAGUGACAACAGGUUCAAGAAGUUCAUUCGAAGGAUGAAAAAAUUUUCUGCAACUUCCAGCAAAUUUAUUCAUGCCCGUUCUGAGCUGGAUGUGGCCCGUUAUAAACUGAAGCCUCGGACUCUGAUGCUCCAUUAUGAGUUCCUGCAGAGACUCCAUCAGCUGCCUUUAGAGUAUAGCUAUGGUGAAUACAGAGAACUCUACAGAGAUUAUGGGACGCACUACAUCACUGAAGCUACUCUUGGAGGCAUCUACGAAUACACGUUAGUUGUGAACAGCGAAGAACUCCAAAAGGCAGGUUACUCUUUAAGUGACAUCCAGUCCUGUGCACAGCGUGGCUUUAACGUUGGUGGAAAUAUCUAUGGAGUUUAUAUAAGUCUGGGAAUGUCAGCUGCUGGCUGUAAGGCUGUUUUAAAUGAAAUUGGAGACAGCAUCGGGCAAAAGCAAGUUGUGGAAGAUUUCAUAGCCCUCGUUCGUGGAGGAGGGAGUGAGCAUAUCACGACACUUGCCUACAAAGAUCUGCCAACUGCUCAGCUAAUGCAGGAGUGGGGAGAUGCAGUACAGUACAACCCUGAAAUCAUAAAGCUAAAGGCAGAACCCCUGUCUGAACUGGUGACUUCAACGGACUUUGCAAAUGCAAAUACACUAAGGGAAAAUAUGAAGCGUGCCCUUGUAGAGUUUCAGCUGGAGACCAGUUCCUGUCAUUGUGCUCCAUGCCAUGGCAAUGGCAUUGCCUUUCUGAAAGAAACUCGCUGUGAAUGUAUAUGUCCUAUAGGAUAUCGUGGUACUGCCUGUGAGAUCACAGAAAGAAAAGAUGUUGCUAUAGAUGGAAACUGGGGUUGCUGGUCCAGCUCGUCUGCAUGCUCUGGAGGACAACGGAUGACAAGAAGACAGUGCAAUAAUCCUGCCCCACAAAAUGGUGGCAAGCCAUGCACAGGGCCAGAUGUUGAAACUAUUAGGUGUUAA